UCAACUAUCAGGAUGCUGAGAAGACAAUUAGAGUUCCUGGCGCAUGGAGGUCCCUAUAGGAGGAUAUCAACAUCACAGACGCUAUUAAAUAAAUGGGCCAGACCUGCAGAGCUCGAUUUGCCGCAAUCGGGAAAGGAAGAAAAGAAGAAGACUACAGGAAAUACCCAGAAGACGUUUAAGAAGCCAAUGAAUAGAAAUAAUACUAGGAAAUUUGAAGGGAAUGUAACUAGAAAUGCGCCUCUAGCUACACCUGCUACGCCUGCUACACCACCUAUCGACGACGUCAGCGUAAAUAAGCGCAAUAAGCUCCCAAUGAAGAAGAAGAAGUCAAAUAGAAGCUCUCUAUUGGACAGUUUAGAUGAUGACCAACCACAGAAUCAAAGAAAAGAGAAGAAGAAUGUCAAUCAAUCGCAGAACAACAGUAAAGCCAAAGUAAAACCAAAGCAGAAGCAAAAUAAUACGCCGGCGAAAAGGCAGGUAUUUAUACCAGCCUUCCUAUCAGUCGCGAACCUCAGUCGUUUGUUUAAUCUACGUUUAGACAAAUUACAGCGCACUAUGAUUCAUGCUGGCUUAGAUAACGUACAAUUUGACAGAGUGUUGACUGCAGAAGAUGCCAGUUUACUUGCCAUGGAAUGUGGUCUUGAACCGGUUGUCAAUGAAGAGCGAGCUUUUGACUUGUAUCCAUCACCACCACAUCCAGACCCCGACUCAUUACCGUUACGACCACCAAUUGUGACAAUCAUGGGACAUGUUGACCAUGGCAAGACAACACUCUUGGACACACUCCGGUCAUCCUCAGUCGCACCAUCUGAAGCUGGUGGUAUUACCCAGCAUAUUGGUGCUUUCUCAGUGCCUUUAAGUGGUAUAUCUGCAGUAUCAAACGAUGCGAGUACACUAAACAGCAUUACAUUCCUCGAUACACCUGGACAUGCGGCGUUCACGAACAUGAGAGCCCGAGGCGCAAGUGUGACUGACAUUGUUGUUCUUGUUGUAGCAGCAGAUGACGGUGUCAUGCCACAAACGAAAGAAGUUAUAAAGCUCGUCGAACGUUCAGGCGUAGGUAUGAUAGUAGCCAUAAAUAAAUGUGAUAAACCGGGCGUAGACCCACAGCAAAUAAAGUAUGACCUUCUCGCUAAUAACGUAACACUCGAGGAAUUUGGUGGUGAAAUUCCAUCCGUAAUGGUAUCAGCUUUGACUGGGAAAGGACUAGAUGAUCUCAUGGAUACGCUCGCCGUACUUUCUGAAGUGAAGGAUCUUCGGGCAGAGAAUACAGGAAAAGCUCAUGGUGUUGUACUCGAAAGUCGCGUUGACAAGGGCAAAGGUAAUCUCGCGACCGUGUUGGUCACUCGUGGAGAACUCAAAGCCUCAUCAAGUAUAGUUGGCGGAACUACCUGGGCGAAAGUGCGUCAGAUGGAGAACGACAAAAAGCAGGCAAUCAAGAAUGCAUCGGCUGGCCAGCCAGUCAUAGUAGCCGGUUGGAAAGACCUCCCCAAAGCUGGAGAUGAAGUGCUUGAAGCAUCUGGAGAGGAGGAAGCCAAGCGUGCAAUUAACAACCGCAUAGAGGCACUUGAGCGUCUUAAGACGAUGUCCGAGUUGGAGGUCAUCAAUGAAAAGAGACUGGCUCACAGAGAGUUGAGAGAAGCUUCACAGGAUGACAACGUGGAGGAGAUUGCAAAUGAAGAGCCAUCCAUUAAGGAGCUUAAUUUGGUAGUAAAGGGUGACGUUAGCGGUACUGUUGAAGCAUUCGUCGCUGCUCUCGAGGCAGUUGGCAACAAAGAAGCAAGAGUAAAGGUCAUUACUAGUGGUGUUGGUGAUAUCAAUGAUUCUGACAUCACUCGAGCGGUUGCUGGUGAAGCAUCCAUUGUUGGAUUCAAUGUUAAGGCAACGAGGAGUAUACAAAAUGCUUCAUCUAUGUCAAACGUCGAUUUGAUGGUCGAUGGUGUCAUUUACAAACUUCUUGAUAAUGUGAAAAGCCGCGUAGCUGAAUUGCUCCCACCUAUUACAGAAAUGAAAGUACUCGGUGAAGCCACAAUCCUCGAGCUCUUCGAUAUAAACGUCAAAGGACGUCAAUUUAAACGCGUAGCUGGUGUGAGAGUUGCAAACGGAAAUAUAACAAGACAAGCAGACGUUCGCGUCAUCAGGAAUGGAGAUGUAGUCUACACUGGUAGUCUAGAAACGUUCAAACAUCACAAGAAGGAUAUCCACCAUGCAGGAAAAGGCUUAGAAUGUGGAUUAGGCUUUGCAGAUUUCCAAGAAGUUCAACAGGGUGAUAUAAUACAAUCUAUUGAAACUACAUCACGUCCUCAAAGUAUGUAAAUGAUGCUGAAG